GGGCGCCUGCGCAGUGGCUCCGAGCGGGCGGUUGCUUGUUGGUUGUUGUAGUAACGGGGGAAGCAGCGGUCGGCGGCCGCCUUGAGCCGGGCUAGGGAAGGAGGAGGGAGGUAGGCGCAGAGCGCUGUCCCCGCCUGCCCGCCCAGAGCCAUGGGCAGAUGAAACAGGAAUCUGUGCCACCCAAAUUGUUUGAUCCAGUGAAUCUGCAAGGAAAGGUCUCUGAGGCCCCCGUCUGCUGACUGCAUGACAAACUCUAAAGGAAAUGCCAGUCGUGAUGGCCCGGGACCUGGAGGAAACAGCAUCAUCCUCAGAGGAUGAGGAGGCGGUAGGCCAAGAAGAUCAUCCGUGUAUCAUGUGGACUGGAGGCUGCAGGAGAAUUCCAGUUUUGGUAUUCCAUGCUGAGGCUAUUCUGACAAAGGACAACAAUAUUCGAGUAAUUGGAGAACGUUAUCACUUGUCUUACAAGAUCGUACGAACAGACAGUCGUCUGGUUCGCAGCAUCCUGACAGCCCAUGGAUUUCAUGAAGUUCACCCAAGCAGCACUGACUAUAACCUAAUGUGGACAGGAUCCCACCUGAAGCCCUUUUUACUUCGCACCCUCUCUGAAGCACAAAAGGUUAAUCACUUUCCCAGGUCGUAUGAACUAACCCGGAAGGACCGACUGUACAAAAACAUCAUUCGAAUGCAGCAUACGCACGGAUUCAAGGCUUUUCACAUCCUCCCUCAGACCUUCCUGCUGCCAGCUGAGUAUGCGGAAUUCUGUAAUUCAUAUUCAAAGGACCGGGGACCUUGGAUAGUAAAACCAGUGGCCUCUUCCAGGGGGCGGGGUGUCUACCUGAUCAACAAUCCAAACCAGAUUUCCCUGGAAGAGAACAUCUUGGUCUCCCGUUACAUUAACAACCCCCUGCUCAUAGAUGAUUUCAAGUUUGAUGUGCGCCUCUAUGUGCUUGUGACUUCCUAUGAUCCUCUUGUCAUCUAUCUCUAUGAAGAAGGACUGGCUAGGUUUGCCACCGUACGAUAUGACCAAGGAGCCAAGAAUAUUCGGAACCAGUUCAUGCACCUGACCAAUUACAGUGUGAAUAAGAAGAGUGGAGACUAUGUCAGUUGUGAUGAUCCGGAAGUGGAGGAUUAUGGGAACAAAUGGAGCAUGAGUGCUAUGCUUAGGUAUCUGAAACAGGAAGGCAGAGAUACAACUGCGUUGAUGGCCCAUGUAGAAGACCUGAUCAUUAAGACUAUAAUCUCUGCUGAACUAGCUAUUGCCACAGCCUGUAAAACUUUUGUUCCUCAUCGCAGCAGUUGUUUUGAACUCUAUGGCUUUGACGUGCUCAUAGAUUCUACUCUGAAGCCAUGGUUGUUGGAAGUGAAUCUCUCUCCCUCUUUGGCCUGUGAUGCACCUCUGGACCUAAAGAUUAAAGCCAGUAUGAUUUCAGAUAUGUUCACUGUCGUAGGGUUUGUAUGUCAAGAUCCUGCCCAGCGGGCAUCAACCCGGCCAAUUUAUCCCACCUUUGAGUCUUCCAGGCGAAACCCUUUCCAGAAACCUCAGCGUUGCCAUCCACUCUCUGCCAGUGACGCGGAAAUGAAAAACCUUGUGGGCUCAGCACGGGAGAAGGUGCCGGGGAAGUUAGGUGGUUCUGUGCUUGGUCUGUCAAUGGAGGAGAUCAAAGUUUUACGGAGGGUGAAGGAAGAGAAUGAUCGGAGAGGUGGAUUUAUUCGCAUAUUCCCUACAUCAGAGACAUGGGAAAUAUAUGGAUCCUACCUUGAACACAAGACCUCCAUGAACUAUAUGCUGGCAACACGUCUCUUCCAGGACAGAAUUGCGGUUGAUGGAGCACCAGAAUUGAAGGUAGAGAACAUGAAUUCAAGGGCCAAGCUGCACGCUGCUCUUUAUGAGAGGAAGCUCCUGUCUCUGGAGGUGCGAAAACGUCGACGACGGAGUGGCAGAUUGAGGGCAAUGCGGCCAAAAUACCCAGUGAUUACCCAGCCAGCUGAAAUGAAUGUUAAAACUGAGACAGAGAGUGGAGAGGAGGAAGAAGUUGCCUUAGACAGUGAAGAUGAAGAACAGGAAGCUUCCCAGGAGGAGUCUGCAGGGUCCCUCGGAGAAAAUCAAGCCAAACACACACCCUCACUGACUGUUAUGGUAGAAAAUUCACCCAAAGAAAAUGCCAUGAAAGUUCCUGAAUGGAAUGACAAAGGUGAACAGUGCUGCAAAACUGAGACUCAGGAACCAGAGCCUAAAUUUAACCUGAUGCAGAUUCUGCAAGAUAAUGGCAAUCUUAGCAAAGUGCAGGCCCGAAUAGCAUUCUCUGCCUAUCUCCAGCAUGUUCAAAUCCGACUGAUGAAAGACAGUGGAGGUCAAACGUUCAGUGCCAGUUGGGCUGCCAAAGAGGAUGAACAGAUGGAGCUAGUGGUUCGUUUCCUCAAGCGAGCAUCAAGUAACCUCCAGCACUCACUGAGGAUGGUAUUACCCAGUCGGAGAGUGGCACUUCUGGAGCGCAGAAGAAUCCUGGCCCACCACCUGGGUGACUUUAUCAUUGUGUACAACAAGGAAACAGAGCAAAUGGCUGGAAAGAAAUCGAAGAAGAAACUUGAGGAAGAAGAGGAAGAUGGGGUGAAUACGGAAAACUUUCAGGAGUUCAUCAGACAAGCAAGUGAGGCUGAACUGGAGGAGGUGUUGACUUUUUAUACGCAAAAAAACAAGUCUGCAAGUGUCUUCCUGGGGACUCACUCAAAAAGUUCUAAAAACAGCAACAGUUUUUCUGAUAGCGGGGCAAAGGGUGAUCACCCUGAAAAGAUGGAAGAAGUGAAAAUAAAGCAGCCCAAGCAGCAACAAGCAACAGAAAUUCACUCUGGUAAAUUAUCUCGAUUUACCACUUCAGCAGAAAAAGAGGCUAAAUUAGUCUCUACCAGUUCUUCCUCUACUUCUUUCUCUGGUCCUGCUGCUACUCUGCUGCAGAAAAUUCCCAACACCCAUUUGUCAUCUGUUAUUACCACCUCUGACCUCUCACCAGGGCCAGGCCACCAUUCUUUAUCUCAGAUUCCUCCAGCUAUCCCCAGCAUGGCUCACCAGCCAGCAAUUUUACUGAGCACGGUCCCUGGCAGUGCUUCUCCCUCCAUCCAUCCUGGGACACAGAACGUACUGAGCCCCACUGGCCUGCCGCGCUGUCGAUCAGGCAGUUACACCAUUGGCCCCUUUUCCUCUUUCCAAAGUGCUGCACACAUCUAUAGCCAGAAACUGUCUCGUCCCUCUUCAGCAAAGGCAGGUUCAUGCCAUCCAAACAAGCAGCAUUCAGGAGUAGCCAAAACACAGAAGGAGGGAGAAGAUGGUUCCUCGUACAGCAGACGGUACAACCCAAGUAUGGUUACGGCUGAACUUCAGCGGCUAGCUGAGAAGCAGGCAGCAAGGCAGUAUUCUCCAUCCACUCACGUCAGUCUCCUCACCCAGCAGGUAACAAACCUGAAUUUGGCAAGUGGCGUCAUAAACGGAAGCAGUGCUUCAACUCCCCACACACUUCGGCCUGUCAUCAGUCCUAGUGGCCCAACAUGGUCAAUACAGUCAGACCCCCAAGCUCCUGAGAGCCACUCCGCCCCUCCUGGAAGCAGGAGCCUCCAAACAGGUAGCUUUGCCUGGGAGGGAGAGGUAAAGAACAACGCAUAUAGCCAGGCUACAGGGGUGGUCCUGCAGCACAGGUGCCACUCCACAGCAGGCAGCUAUCAACUCCAUUUUGCCCUGCAACAACUUGAACAGCAAAAACUUCAGUCCCGGCAGCUUCUGGACCAGAGUCGAGCCCGGCACCAGGCGACCUUUGGCAGCCAGACACUACCUAACUCCAAUUUAUGGACAAUAAAUAACAGUGCAGCUUGCAGAAUUUCAAGCACCACAGCUAGUGGCCAGAAGCCAACCACUCUGCCACAAAAAGUGGUGCCAGCUCCAAGUUCUUCCUCCUCCUUCGUUCCCAAACCCCCGUCCAAUCACAAACAAGUCCUCAGAAAGGCAGCAUCCCAGAGGGCUUCCAAAGCGUCCUCCACAGAAGGGCAGCUGGACGGACUCCAGAGCAGCCUUAACUCUGCAGCCUUUGUGCCCAUCACCAGCUCCACAGAUCCCGCUCACACUAAAAGAUGAAGCACAGACACGCGGAGGGGGAACCUAUCCACUACUCCACUACUCCUGGGUGCGUGACUCCAGUGAAGCAUCCACCAGUGCUGCAAGGGGUCCAGAGUAUUUUCUUUUUUUUUUUGCUGUUUCAGUCCCCAGUGCCUACCAGCAGAAGUGGCAGUAGAUUGUUGCCUAUCAGCCAAUCCAGACUUUUCCUGAGACGACAGGAAAACAUGUCAGCUCCGUUUCAGUGGAACUUGGCAGUGGGGACAUUCAGCGGAAGCGAUACAUACCCCAUCAGAGCACACGUGUAUCUUUUACCCCUUUCACCCCCUCUCCCACCUGCUUAGGUCUUCUCUGUCCCUCUCCUGCUACCACACAGAGAUGAUAUAAAAGAGGCUCUUUGGCUAUUUGCAUUUUGCUUCCUCUUCUUUUCCAGAUUGCAGUGUUAAGCUUUACCUCCUAAAAGCCUAAAAUCCCAACAACAUUAUGUACCAAAGUUGUUCUUCCCUUGCAGGAGGGUUUGGGGGAAAGGGGGAGUUUAUAUCACAAGUUUCCCGGAGAGUGAAAAAAAGUCCGUGUGCUGCUGACCACGUGAGCCAUGGUAAAGGCACCCUUUGGAAUUACUGAUGUCUAAAAUUAAUAAAGUAAGUCUAUUUUUAUUU